CCUAAGUGUUCCAUUAUUAUCUUGUAAUAAUUGAUUGAUUCAUAUAUUAUACUGAAACUAAUGUUGUAUCUCACAAUAGUGCGCCCCAGCAGCAUAUACUUUACUCUCUCCCAAUUUUCCUUCGACAACUACAACAAGUGUAUUAUUCAAAUGGCGAAAUCUGCAAUCGAUGAGGUAUCCGACACCGGUGCUUUUGUAAGAUCUGCUUCCACAUUUCGGCAAUUCAUUUCGAGGGACCCGAAUUCCCAAUUCCCAGCAGAGCCAGGAAGGUAUCAUCUCUAUGUAUCAUAUGCUUGUCCUUGGGCUUCCAGGUGCCUUGCUUAUUUGAAUAUCAAAGGGCUUCAGAAAGCUAUAAGUUUCUCGUCAGUCAAACCCAUCUGGGAAAGAACUAAAGAAUCAGAUGAGCAUAAGGGAUGGGUUUUUCCUGAUUCGAAGACUGAGGUUCUAGGAGCUGAACCUGACCUAUUAAACGGAGCAAAGAGCAUUAGAGAACUUUAUGAAAUUGCAAGUACAAACUACACAGGGAAGUUCACCGUUCCGGUUCUGUGGGAUAAGAAACUCAAGACCAUUGUUAAUAAUGAGAGCUCGGAGAUAAUCCGCAUGUUUAACACUGAAUUCAACGACAUUGCAGAAAAUCCCUCCUUGGACUUAUAUCCAACUGAUUUGCGAACCAAAAUUGAUGAGGCUAAUGAGUGGAUAUAUAGUGGAAUAAACAAUGGUGUUUAUAAAUGUGGAUUUGCAAAGAUGCAAGAACCAUACAAUGAGGCUGUACAACAAUUGUAUGAAGCUUUGGACAAAUGUGAGAGUAUACUAAGCAAGCAGCGAUACAUAUGUGGCAACUUAGUUACUGAAGCAGACAUUCGAUUGUUCGUCACUCUCAUCCGAUUUGAUGAGGUUUAUGCAGUUCACUUUAAGUGCAACAAGAAGCUACUUCGGGAGUACCCAAACCUCUUCAAUUACACUAAAGACAUCUUCCAAAUUCCCGGCAUGAGUAGCACUGUGAACAUGGAGCAUAUAAAGUUGCAUUACUACGGAAGCCAUCCUUCGAUUAAUCCAUUCGGAAUCGUUCCUGCUGGACCAGAUAUUGAUUAUUCUUCCCCCCAUGACAGAGACAGGUUUUCUGCAUAAUCCAUGAGAAAUUUGGUGUCUCUUUUUAAGUUUCAACACCUUUUCAACCUAAAGGGAUGCAUACUAUGUGUGCCUAGUGCUUUUAAGUGUUAGGCCGUUUGGAAGUUGGAAGGAGGAUUGAGAAUGAGAGACUGAGACAGGGAGAUAGAGAUUGAGAUUAAAUUAAGUUUUUGUAUUGUAUUUAGUGUAAAAUGUAUUGAAUUGAGUUAUGUCUCAGUAUUAUGUUUAAUUUAAAAUAAAUAUAAAAAUUGGAAGGUAGAUUUGAAA